AUGAUCAUGUCCAAAUUUGAUGUCGAACAAAAAUUAAGCGAACUAACCAGAGAUGAAAAAAUCUCUUUGUUAUCUGCUACUGAUUUUUGGCACACUAAGGAAAUUGAACGUCUUGGAAUUCCAUCAGUGAGGGUUUCUGAUGGUCCCAAUGGUAUCAGAGGUACUAGGUUUUUCGAUUCAGUUCCUUCAGGCUGUUUCCCUAACGGAACUGGUCUAGCUUCCACAUUUGAUGAGGAACUGUUGAAAGAGGCAGGUAAAUUGAUGGCUAAGGAAGCCGUCGCCAAGAAUGCUGCUGUGAUUUUGGGACCCACGACUAACAUGCAACGUGGUCCUUUGGGUGGUCGUGGUUUUGAAUCAUUUUCUGAAGAUCCAUAUUUAGCUGGUGUUGCUACUGCUUCGGUUGUUCAAGGAAUCCAAUCUGAGGGUAUUGCUGCUACGGUAAAGCACUUUGUCUGUAAUGAUCUAGAAGAUCAACGCUUCUCUUCCAAUUCUAUUCUCUCUGAAAGAGCAUUGAGAGAAAUCUACCUAGAGCCUUUCAGGUUGGCAAUCAAGAAUUCAGAUCCUGUUUGUUUGAUGACCGCGUUAAAUAAGGUGAAUGGGGAACAUUGUCCUCAGAACAAAAAAUUGUUGAUAGAGCUCCUCAGAAAGGAAUGGAGUUGGGAUGGGAUGAUCAUGUCCGAUUGGUUCGCUACCUAUACGACUGCUGCUUCCAUCAAGAACGGUUUGGAUAUUGAGUUCCCCGGUCCAACAAGGUGGAGAACUAAUGAACUUGUUUCACACUCUCUAAAUUCCAGGGAGCAAAUCUCUAUUCAUGACGUUGACGACCGUGUCAGACAAGUUUUGAAGAUGAUUAAGUUUGUUGUUGACAACCAGGAAAAGACGGGGAUUGUUCAAAACGGCCCAGAAACUACAUCUAACAACUCUAAAGAAACUGCCGAAUUGCUUAGAAAGAUAGCUGCCGAUUCUAUCGUGUUACUGAAAAAUGAGAAUUCUGUUCUACCUUUGAAAAAAGAAGAAUCGAUAGUCAUUAUAGGUCCAAACGCCAAAGCCAAGGUAUCCUCCGGCGGUGGUUCUGCAUCUCUGCAUUCGUACUAUGUUAUUUCACCAUACGAAGGGAUUGUUAACAAAGUCGGCAAGGAAGUUCCAUAUACACUUGGGGCAGAAUCUCAUAAGACCUUAUCAAAUUUGAUUGAACAACUGGUAGUAGAUCCUUCAAAACCAGCAGAAGGAGAUAAUGUAGGUGCAGCGGCUUACUUUUACAAUGAACCCGCUGGAGCCAGGCCACAAGGAAAAUCUCCAUUUCAUGUUACUACCUUUAAGCAUUCCCAUAACAUGCUCUUCGACUUCAAACAUGAAAAAAUCGAUUCAUCAAAUCCCCUGUUCUACAUCACACUGGAAGGUUACUUUACUCCUAAAGAAGAUGCCAACUACCUAUUCGGUUUACAGGUUUACGGCACCGGCAUAUUGUACUUGGAUGAUGAAUUAGUGGUUGAUCAGAAGAAAGACCAAACUCGUGGAAGUUUCUGCUUCGGUGCUGGUACCGAUGAAAAGACCAAGACUGUCAGUCUGCAAAAGGGUAAAGCGUAUAAAGUUAGAAUCGAAUACGGUUCUGGUCCAACAAGUGAGUUGGUGAGUGAAUUUGGAUCUGGCGGUUUUCAAGUUGGUGUUGCCAAGGCUAUUGAUGCAGAUGAAGAAAUCAGGAAGGCAGCAAAACUUGCUGCGGGUCACGACAAAGCCAUUUUAUGUAUUGGUUUGAACGCAGAAUGGGAAUCUGAAGGUCAUGAUAGGGAAGAUAUGAUCUUGCCAGGAAGAACAAACGAUCUCGUCCGUGCUGUCUUAGAGGCCAAUCCUAACACUGUCAUCAUCAACCAGUCUGGUACUCCCGUAGAAUUUCCAUGGGUAGAACAAGCCAAUGCCUUACUUCAAGCUUGGUACGGAGGUAAUGAACUGGGCAAUGCUAUUGCCGAUGUCUUGUACGGGGACGUUGUUCCAGGUGGUAAAUUAUCUCUGUCAUGGCCAUUAAAACUUGAAGAUAACCCAACUUAUUUGAACUUCAAGACUGAAUUUGGCAGAGUUCUCUACGGUGAGGAUAUUUUCAUUGGAUACAGAUUUUAUGAGAAGUUGCAAAGAAGAGUUGCAUUCCCCUUCGGUUACGGGUUAUCUUAUACUGAAUUUGCUUUAUCUCAUCUACAAGUACAAACGGAUGAGGAGGUUAUCUCUGUUUCUGUUAAUGUAAAGAACACGGGUGAGGAAUAUGCGGGGAUCCGAAGUCGUACAAAUUUACAUUGCUGCGACUGA